AAGACUGCAGACAUUCACAGGAAUCUGGACCAGCAAUGGCUCUGCUGAAAGUUCUGCUGCUGCUGCUGUUGGGGCUGGGUGUUUCAAUGAAUUCACAUGUUUCUCUGAACAAGAGAAUCAUUGGAGGUCAAAACUGUGAUGACAAGGAGCGUCUUUAUCAUGUUCGGUUGGAGGGCGACAAUGGUACUCAUGCAAGCUUGUGUGGAGGAUCUCUGAUCCACCCUAGGUGGAUCCUGACUGCGGCACACUGCUGGAUGUCUCAGCCAGGAUGGAAUACCACAGCAACUUUAAGAGUUCAUCCACGGAAUGCUACACAGGAGAAACAGAUAAUCCAACACAAUCCUGUGUUUUAUGUUGACCAAUGGAAUGAGCGGCAUGACAUCAUGUUGCUGAAGCUUCAGAGACCAGUAAGAAAUAUCCGUCCUGUUCGGCUUCCAAGAUGCAAUAUUCGUCUUAGAAUUGGUGAUACAGUGCAGCUGGCAGGAGAUGGACCAACGACAACCAACCCCAAUAUUUUGCGAUCACUCAAUACGACUAUUCCACCACAUCUUCAGUGUGUCGACAUGAGAGUUAGUGGUUUUGCCUAUUCGCUGAUAAAUGGGUAUCAAUUCAUUGCUGAAGCACCGUACACGGAGGUGUACCGUGGUGACUCUGGUGGAGGAGUGGUGUUCAAGAAGAAGAUUUAUGGUGUGAUGUCUGCUCGUGGAAUAAAUUAUGCAUUUCGGAAUCCAGUUUUUAGCUUGGUCGUGUGUGAUUACAUGCAGUGGAUACUCAAGACAACUGGGCUUAAAACCCCUAAAUUAUAAUGAAAUAAAAAUUUCAUUAAAUUUCCUCUCCGAUGUAACUUUAUAGUUAUAUCUCUAUCAGUUUGUUCUAGAGGUUUGUAGAAUUAUCAUAAAUUAAGAGUUUUGUUAUUUCUCACCUCAAUAAAUUAAUGAAAAAAAUAA